AUGGAUGUUCAACGUAGAGCAGCUGUAGUACUGGAACUGGAGUAUCAACACCAGCUGCUGAUAGCUAGAAGAACACUGCUUCGAAGAAGAAGGAGAAGAGUCCCCAGGUGGUGGGUUAGACCGUGGCUGACACCAGCUAGAAGGCUAGGAUAUGGUCACUACAACAGACUGAUGCAGGAGCUGAGGGUGGAAGAUGAGAAUGCCUUUGCCAACUAUGUGAGAAUGCCACCCCAAAUGUUUGAUGAGCUACUCAACAGGAUUAGGCCAGUCAUCCAGAGGAGGGACACCCACAUGAGACCAGCCCUAGAUGCCGGAAUGAAGCUGACCAUGACCCUCAGACACUUGGCUACAGGAGACCGGUAUCACACCCUCCAGUAUGACUUCCGAUGUGGCUACAGCACAGUGGACCUAGGAGGACUGGAAGGCCAUUGCCAGCAGUUCCAAGACCGGUGGAAUGUUCCUCAUGCCCUGGGGGCCUUGGAUGACAAGCACAUAGCCAUCAGGAAACUACACAACUCAGGCAGUGUGUUCUACAACUACAAAGGCUUCUUCUCCGUGGUGCUGCUGGCCCUUGUGGAUGCAGAUUAUAAGUUUAUCUGGAUAGACACUGGUGGAGAAGGUCAUCAAUCCGACGGACAGCUGUUUGGUGCUUCAGAACUGAAAGAGUGCAUUGAUGACAACACCAUGAACUUCCCUGACAGCGAUCCCCUGCCCAAUGAUGACAGAGACACACCCUACUACAUCCUGGGGGAAGAUGACUUUCCCCUGAGGACUUUCCUUAUGAAACCCUAUGGCAGGAGGGGUCUGGACAAUGACAUGCUGGUGGCCAGCUACAGAUUUUCCAGGGGCAGACGUGUGGUGGAGAAUGGUUUCAGAAUACUGGCCAACAGAUGGAGAUGCUUCCUGGGCACUCUGGAUAAAGGACCUAAAGUGGUGCAGUUACUGGUGGAGACAGGAGUCAUCUUCCACAACUAG